AUGAAGCGCACAGCUCAGAAGCAACUCACUAGGGAUGACGAGCCAGAGGAGGAGUCCGAAGAAGGUGUUGAGGGACUCCGUAAAGCCGAUGACGCUGUCCUCGCCACCAGAAAAAUACGUGGUCUGCCCAAACGUGCCGGCGUGGCUCCCCCACCUGCGCCUAUCACAAACGGCGGCACUAUACCUGCGACAGACAAGCCCAAAUUCGGCGGGUUUGGUGGAUUCGGAGGAUUCGGUGGCUUCGGCUCCUCAGCACCUGUACCUCCAGUCUCUGCAGCACCAACUACAUCUUCCAAUGCGACAAAGACCUUCGCUUCAUUGGUAUCCUCAACAAAGCCAGCGUCGACAUUCUCUCCGUCCAGCACUGCAUCGGCGCCAGCACCCGCACCGACAACAGCAACAGAAAAUGGUGGCUCAGAUGCCGCCUUGAAGUACUACACUUCUUUGCGCGGACUGAAUGCCUCUUUCGUCAAAGCCCUCACCAACGCCGUCGACGACGACCCAUUCCGUGACCUUGCUGGUUUACUGGAGCAGUAUCGCGCACAUCGUAUUAGCGUGCAGUCGGAAUACGAAGCAACCGCUACAGCUACACCUGCGCCGUCUGGGACCCCGCCCGCGAGCAAAUUGCCCACACCGCCGGGUAGCUUCAGUGGCUUUAGUGCACCUGGAUCCGCACCCGCGCCUGCUCCUUCGGCAUUGCCUCGAAUCAACCAUGGCUUUGGCGACGUGGCUACAGGCUAUGGCGCGCCUGCAACUCCGUUUACUCCUGCUGCUCCCGCUCCACCUAAACCACCUAGUGGCGGCUUCAGCUUCGGUGGCGCAUCUGCUCCUACAACUACGUGUACUUCCAAACCCGCAUCAGGCGGCUUCACCCCCGACCUCUCUGCCGCCCCCGCCGCCAAAGCUGGCUCGUUCUCGUUUCCGUCUUCGACGCCAUCUGCUUUUGGCUCGAAACCAGAAGCGAAGGAUACGAAGGAUGCUGACGAGCCUAAGGAGCCGAAGGCACCACCACCGGCGUUUGGUAGCUCGUUCAAGAGCGGACCUAUCGCGCCAACACUCUUUGGCUCGGGUUCCUCAAGUUCAACCUCAAACCCCUUCGCCUCGAGUACGAGUCUCGGCAGUGGUGCUUCCGCUUCGCUCUUCGGCGUUUCAGCAUCAGCGUCAACACCAGCAGUCGAAAAGACGGGCUUUUCAUUCGGCGCCAGCUCGACAUCGACAUCCUCCGACAAACCCUCAACAGGAUUCUCGUUUGGCAGCAAGCAGACUACACCGGGAAAGAGCCCAUUCGGGUUUGGGAGCGCGACGGGAGACGCGAGUCCUCCUGCAAGCCGUUCUGCAGUGAAGAAAGACGAGGCGGGUGCGGAAGAGAAGAAGGAGGAGGGAGGUGAAAAGAAGAGCGGCGGGUUCUCGUUUGGAAGCGGGAGCGGGACGGGCGCGUUCGGGAGUGGCGGAGGAGCGUUCGGCAGCAGUGGAACUGGUGCAUUUGGAAGUGCGAGCGGCGCAAGUCCGUUUGGAGGAGCAAGUGGGACGGCGUUCAAGCCAUUUGGCUCGAGCGCGCCGUCUUCAUCGCCUUUCGCGUCCUCGGGCAGCGGCUUCUCAUUCGCGAAGCCUGCUGCAUCAAGUGCAGAAGGAACCGCCUCGCCCGAAUCCGCUGCUACACCUGCGCCCGAAGGGGACGGAGACGAUGCUGCGGGGAGCGGCAAGGAUUACGAUACAGUCGAUGAUACACCCGACGUCGAUCCCACCGUCCAUAGAGUUAGGGCGAAGGUUUAUAGGUUUAGGACGGCGCAGGGAGAGAAGGAAGCUGGUUGGAAUGAAGUCGGAGUUGGCAUCCUGCGCGUGCGCAAAAACGACAGCACGCACAAGCGUUCCGUGUUCCUCCGCAACAGCUCCACCGGCCGCGUCGUCUUCAACUUCCUCAUCAAGUCCGACAUGGCCAUCCCGACCGUUUCGAAGAAAUCGGUGACAUUCACGGGUUUCGCGGAGGGCGAGAAUAAGCCUAGUAGGUUCAUGGUGCGCAUGGCUACAGGCGACGAGGCGGCCUCCGCGGGCAAGGCGAUCGAGCGGGAGAUCGAGUUCGUCAAGGGGCAUGAGUAG